UCUAUAUAAGCUCUGUUAUGAUACUGCACUAACACAUCAACUCACCUACAUUUGCAGAGUUCAGAAACUCUCUGUACUCCGCAGUGUAGCCACCAUUAAUUUUCUCCUUCCCAAUUUUUCACCGAAUUCCAAACAAUGGCUAGCUUUAUGUUCUUUACGUCAUACAUGGUUUUGUGUCUAAUCACGGCACUAGCAAGCUGUUUUGGUGGUGCAGAUGCAGCCCGUGCAUUCUUUGUGUUCGGCGAUUCGCUCGUCGAUAAUGGCAACAACAAUUACUUGUCCACCACAGCUCGAGCAGACAGUCUGCCUUAUGGCAUUGAUUAUCCAACUCACAGACCCACCGGCCGUUUCUCUAAUGGCUUCAACAUUCCUGACUUCAUCAGUCAAGAACUUGGAUCAGAUCCCACUUUGCCAUAUUUGAGUCCUGAGCUCCAGGGUGAAAGAUUGCUUGUUGGUGCCAACUUUGCUUCUGCUGGCAUUGGAAUACUUAAUGAUACUGGAGUCCAAUUUGUAAACAUCAUCAGAAUGUCAAGACAGCUAGAAAACUUCCAGGAAUACCAGGAAAGGGUGAGUGCUAUAAUUGGAGAAGAGGAAACUCAGCGAUUAGUAAAUGGAGCACUAGUCCUCAUCACAUGUGGAGGCAACGAUUUUGUGAACAACUACUACUUGGUGCCUGUCUCCGCAAGAUCCCAACAAUUCGCUUUGCCAGAUUAUGUCAAGUACUUGAUCUCUGAAUACAAGAAGAUUCUACAAAGUCUGUAUGUUCUCGGAGCGCGUCGGGUGCUAGUAACCGGAACUGGUCCGUUGGGUUGUGUUCCGGCGGAACUGGCUCUCCGAGGCAGAAAUGGUGAAUGCUCGCCAGAGCUGCAGCAGGCUGCGUCGUUGUUCAACCCUCAACUUGUUGACAUGCUUGGAGAACUCAAUACGGAAGUUGGUUCAGAUGUGUUCAUUGGAGCCAACACACAACAAAUGCACGAUAAUUUCAUCAGUGAUCCUCAAGCAUUCGGAUUUGUUACUUCAAAAGUAGCAUGUUGUGGUCAAGGACCCUAUAAUGGAAUUGGACUGUGCACAUUGGCAUCCAGCGUAUGCCCAAACCGUGAUGAAUAUGCAUUUUGGGAUCCAUUCCAUCCAUCAGAAAAGGCUAACAAGCUGAUUGUUAAGCAGAUCAUGUCAGGCACCACGGAGUAUAUGCAUCCAAUGAAUCUCAGCACCAUUUUGGCUAUGGAUUCCAAAAAAUUAGAUUAACCACCAGUAAUCAAUCACACAAGUCAAGUUAAUAUGAUUAUACAAUGCCUAUAUUUGUUGUUUUGGCUGGAUGCCUGGAUGAGUACCUUUCCUUAAUCUGAUUCACUAUUGAAGAACAGAGGAAUAAAUGAAAUGCUUUUUUCCUUCAACAAUUUCUUGUCUUAAUUUGAAUCUUCAUGUGGCAGGCACUUAUAUAGGCAUUGAUGUUGUAGUCUUGAGACUUUGUCUUGUAUUCAUGUUCUUAUGUUAUGGUAAUG